GAUCCGCUGGCCAUAUCGGCAAUAUACCCUCCUCUUGCACAGAGCAGCGUCCCGGCGGAUCCUCCUCUUACUUCAAUUUCGCCCUCGUUACGAAUUCUCGCCACCAACUUGGUUCCAACUGAUCGUGUCACUGAGCCACUCACGCCAACUUCAAGUGGACCAUAAACCCUCGCUGUCUACUCUAUCUCAUCGCUUUCUCUCAUUUGGUUCUAGCUAUCGUCAUGGUUUCGCUCAGUAGCUCGUCGUCCCGCGACAGCCUCCACUCAGCCGUCUCUAAUCCGGCGCCUAAUCGGUCCGCGCCCCCCUCGCCCUCGCCAUCGUCCUCGAGCGAGUCCUCGGGCUCGCUCCACGAAUUCGGCAAGUUUGAUGAUGAGAACGUCACUAUUACCGCGAACCGUAUCGGCGCGCUCUCCCUAAACCGGCAAGUGGAGAAAUCACGGAGUCAGGAAGAUAUCAGGCUUCUCGCUAUAUCCACUCAUAUUACCGAACUAUCGUACAGUAUAUCCGAUAUUCAGACCCGUAUCUUUGAGAUUCAAGAAUUGCGACAUCAAUCCCAAGCGACCAGCAGCGACGCGUCUGGUGCUACCAAUGUGAUCGACCAUUCGCUCAAUUCCCUUGAUGAGCGCCUCAAGGCAGUCGCGGAUGGGAUCAAGGCCGUCACCGACUCUGUCGAGCCACUUCUCCAAUCAGACAAGACCCCAACCCAGGCGCACACCGAAUCAAGCAGCGAAGAGGCUGCAAUAUGCCGCAAACAUGCGGCUCUACUGGCAGACUGGGAAUCGGUGCAGAAGGAGAGCGACAUGCUGAGGGAGGAGUUAAGAGAGGACAAGUGGCUGACGGUGUUCAGGACCGUCACGGAGCAGGCGGAUGGGAUGAUGGCUAGCUUAGAGAAGGCGGUGAAUCGAUGUCAGGAGUUCAUUGACCAGGUGCAGCAGAGGGACGACUGGAUGUCGAGGAGCUCGAGUUCGUCAAGCGUCAGGUCGGACAAGUCGCCUAUUAACUUCGAAGUUUUCACAUCACUCAGCGAGUCGUUUGAGGCAAAGAAGAAGCACUACAUGCCCGCCACCUCAAAAGUCCUUUCUAUCCUCGACAAGGGCGUGCAAGACCGUGUCACCAAGAACGGGGAAUGUCUUCGCCGGCACGCGGAAUCCACGCAAAGGUGGAAGAACCUGAAGGCUCGCAUCGGACGCACGGAGGCAGAGAUGGAGUAUGUUCGCAAGCUGCUGCUUAGCAGCGACCUCGCCCCAAGUGAGGCGGGUUCAAGCGCAUCGGGUACGACCGCCGCAUCGAAGCGGAAUGGGUACCUCGCCACACCUCCAUCUGCGGGGCCCUCGGACAGGCAUGGUCCGCUGAGCGGGACGAUCUCGCCCUUCCGCAAGCUCGCACGCAAACUCAAAGGAGGUGGUCCCAAAUCACCGAUCGGGCCUCCGAUCACGCCAGUAAUGCCCGGCAGGAUCUCCCGCGAGCCGUCUUCCGAGCCCGUGCGCACCCUCCGCCACCGCAGUACCAUCUUUGGACUGCGCAAGGAACCACCUUUACCCGCGACCGUCGACCGGCCAACCCACAAGUACUCGCAGUCGCUCGAACCUGACCUUUCGCCUAGUCACCGAUUCGCGCCGGACGCUGGCCGAACACUCAAGAGCCGCCCGGACUGGAACGCGUCCACCAAGGUCGAACCCCCGGAUCCUUCGGGGACCGUACGGCUGAGCCCCGCCCGGAAACCACACGUGGGUCCGCCACCUGUUCAGUACAAACGGAGCUCGUCGCGAAGCUCUAUGGCGAGUUCGCGGCCCUGGUCACCGAUCACGUCGUCGGCCAGCACCGCGCCGUCAUCGGGUCCGCCGCCUAUGCCGAACUUCAGAACGCCGUCGCGGCCGUCCUCGCGCGCGACGAGCACCCGCCCGUCGAGCCGGAUGGCUAGCAUGCCCGCUCUCCCGCCCAUACCCGUAACGCCCCGCUCGCGCCCGAGGACGCCGAGCAAUAUACCCGAACCCAAGCACUGGCGGAGUAUGUCGCAGCGCUCGCCUGGAGGCAUGACCGACGACCGCCCCUUCUCCCCUGCCUUCUCCGUAUCCGCCGCGAGCGGGAUAUCCUCCGCCUAUCGUCCUGAGACGCCUGGUGGUACCCUGCUUCCCGCUCCGCGGCCGCCUAGCCGUUCCAUGAUACCCAUUCCUACUUUUCAACUACAAUCUGCGUCCAGGCCCGGUUCGGCAAUGUCGAAUUACGGCGGGCGCCCCGACACGAGCAUGUCGUUCAGUCGCUCACCGGACCACCGGGUCCGCCCAAGGAUCUCUGAUUUGCCUUCGGGUCAUCACAACACCUUCGCCGAUGCGAGGGCGACGCCGCGACCGUCGUUGAUGAAGAGCCUCCCCCCGUCGAGCUUCAAGGAUUCCGCCAGCCCUCGCAGCCCAGGCGUCGUCUCGCGCCCCGGCUCGCGCGCGGGAGCAUACACUCCUGCACUCGAAGGCGAACCAAUGUAUCCUUACACGCCAAACCCCAGAGACCCCCUGGACACCGAAGUCGCAAACGUGGUAAACUCAAUCGCCCACGGAUUCGUGGUGGAGAGGGUGGACCCGCCGAUGACGAAGGCGCCCCGGGAGAACGAGGAGAUCAAGGCGCAGUACGCGUUUUCGAACGCGCUGGGCAGGAAGGUGAUCAACUGCAAGCUAACGACGAUGGCGCGGCCGACGGCAAGCGGCAGGACCCACAAGGUAAUGUGCCGCGUUGGGGGAGGCUGGCAGGAUCUUCGCGUGUAUGUCGUGAAUCGGCAGGCAGCGUUAUAGAUUUGGCAGCAUGGGUGAUAGCUGAGUAUACCGUAUAUCAUCGCUAAGAAGUGGAUGGCCGGGUUACCCAUUUGUAUUGAUAGACGUUCACGAUCGUCACGCCACAGAAUACUAUGCGGGCCUUUCUCGGGUGUAAACCCCACACAAUGCAAGUCGUGGCUGACUCGGAUUUGCCUGCGAUAAAGUUCGAUGCGCGCGCGCCACGGUUAUCCUCAAUCAGACUAGAAACCUUCAGCCUGAUUACCGCGAA